GCUCCCCCUGCUGGGGUGGGCCUCCCCUGGGCUCAGCGGGCACGCCUCCAGCCAGCCAGUGUUGCUCUGAGGAAGCAGGAGGAGGAGGAGAUAAAGCGCUCCAAGGCCCUGUCGGACAGCUAUGAACUCUCCACAGACCUGCAGGACAAGAAGGUGGAAAUGCUGGAGAGGAAGUAUGGGGGCUCCUUCCUGAGCCGCAGGGCUGCCAGGACCAUCCAGACAGCCUUCCGCCAGUACCGCAUGAAUAAGAACUUCGAGCGGCUUCGCAGCUCAGCUUCAGAGAGCCGCAUGUCCCGCCGCAUCAUCCUUUCCAACAUGCGGAUGCAGUUCUCCUUUGAGGAGUACGAGAAGGCACAGAACCCUGCGUACUUCGAGGGCAAGCCUGCCUCACUAGAUGAGGGUGCCAUGGCUGGUGCCCGGAGCCACCGGCUUGAACGGGGACUCCCAUAUGGAGGCUCCUGUGGUGGGGGCAUUGAUGGUGGUGGAAGCUCCGUCACCACAUCUGGAGAGUUUUCUAACGACAUCACAGAGCUCGAGGACUCCUUCUCCAAACAGGUAAAGUCUCUGGCUGAAUCCAUCGACGAGGCCCUGAACUGUCACCCAUCAGGGCCAAUGUCUGAGGAGCCAGGGUCAGCCCAACUGGAGAAGCGGGAGUCAAAGGAACAGCAAGAGGACAGCUCAGCCACGUCCUUCAGUGACCUUCCACUCUACCUGGAUGACCCAGUUCCCCCACCAUCCCCUGAGCGACUGCCCAGCACAGAGCCCCCACCCCAGGGCCGUUCCGAGUUCUGGGCACCAGCCCCUCUCCCCCCAGCUCCUCCACCAGUGCCACCAGGGACCCGGGAAGAUGGUAGCCGUGAGGAAGGCACUCGCAGGGGUCCUGGGUGCUUGGAGUGCCGGGAUUUCCGUCUGCGGGCUGCCCACCUUCCCUUGCUUACCAUUGAGCCUCCCAGUGACAGCUCCGUGGACCUGAGUGACCGCUCAGAUCGCGGUUCUGUCCACCGCCAGCUGGUGUAUGAGGCUGAUGGCUGCAGCCCCCAUGGGACCCUGAAGCACAAGGGGCCACCAGGCAGGGCCCCAAUCCCACACCGCCACUACCCAGCCCCUGAGGGACCAGCCCCAGCCCCACCAGGGCCCCUGCCACCAGCCCCCAAUAGUGGCACUGGGCCCAGUGGUGUGGCUGGGGGUCGGAGGUUGGGAAAAUGCGAGGCAGCAGGUGAGAACUCUGACGGUGGAGAUAACGAGAGCCUUGAGAGCUCCAGCAACUCCAAUGAGACCAUCAACUGCAGCUCUGGCUCCUCUUCUCGGGACAGCCUGAGGGAGCCUCCAGCCACUGGCCUGUGCAAGCAGACUUACCAGCGGGAGACGAGGCACAGCUGGGACUCGCCAGCCUUCAACAACGACGUGGUACAGAGGCGGCACUAUAGAAUUGGCCUCAACCUCUUCAAUAAGAAGCCAGAGAAGGGUAUCCAGUAUCUCAUUGAACGGGGCUUCCUGUCAGACACGCCGGUGGGAGUGGCUCACUUCAUCCUGGAGCGGAAAGGCCUGAGCCGGCAGAUGAUAGGGGAAUUCCUAGGGAAUCGGCAGAAGCAGUUCAACAGAGACGUAUUGGACUGUGUGGUGGAUGAGAUGGACUUCUCCUCCAUGGAUUUGGAUGAUGCACUCCGGAAGUUCCAAUCCCAUAUCCGAGUCCAGGGUGAGGCCCAGAAAGUGGAGCGACUCAUAGAAGCCUUCAGCCAGCGGUACUGUGUCUGUAACCCAGCCCUCGUGCGCCAGUUCCGGAAUCCAGACACCAUCUUCAUCCUUGCUUUUGCCAUCAUUCUCCUCAAUACCGACAUGUACAGUCCCAGUGUCAAGGCUGAACGCAAGAUGAAACUAGAUGACUUCAUCAAGAACCUGAGAGGGGUUGACAACGGUGAAGACAUCCCCCGAGACCUCUUGGUGGGCAUCUACCAGCGCAUCCAGGGGCGCGAACUGCGGACCAACGAUGACCAUGUGUCCCAGGUGCAGGCCGUAGAGCGCAUGAUUGUCGGCAAGAAACCGGUCCUGUCUCUUCCUCACCGUCGACUGGUUUGCUGCUGCCAGCUCUACGAGGUGCCAGAUCCAAACCGCCCCCAGAGGCUAGGGUUGCAUCAGCGGGAGGUCUUCCUCUUCAAUGAUCUCCUUGUGGUCACCAAAAUUUUCCAGAAGAAGAAGAUCUUGGUGACAUACAGCUUCCGCCAAUCCUUUCCCCUGGUGGAAAUGCACAUGCAGCUCUUCCAGAAUUCAUAUUACCAGUUUGGGAUCAAGUUGCUGUCUGCAGUACCUGGUGGGGAGCGAAAAGUCCUCAUCAUCUUCAAUGCCCCCAGCCUCCAGGACCGGCUGCGCUUCACAUCUGACCUGCGCGAGUCCAUUGCCGAGGUGCAGGAGAUGGAGAAAUACCGUGUGGAGUCGGAGCUGGAGAAGCAGAAAGGUAUGAUGCGGCCUAAUGCCUCACAGCCUGGAGGGGCCAAGGACUCAGUGAAUGGGACACUGGCCCGCAGUAGCCUGGAGGACACUUAUGGGGCAGGCGAUGGGCUCAAACGGGGUGCACUCAGCAGUUCCCUGCGAGACCUCUCUGAUGCAGGGAAGCGGGGGCGCCGUAACAGCGUGGGAUCGCUGGACAGCACCAUUGAAGGGUCUGUUAUUAGCAGUCCACGCCCUCACCAGAGGAUGCCACCUCCGCCCCCACCCCCGCCGCCAGAGGAGUACAAGAGCCAGAGGCCCAUCUCCAACUCCUCAUCCUUCCUGGGCUCCCUAUUUGGAAGCAAGCGGGGCAAGGGUCCCUUCCAGAUGCCACCACCGCCAACAGGCCAGGCCUCUGCCUCCUCUUCAUCUGCACCCGAAGCCGCCUUCCGUGACCCACACAGGAAAGACCAGGCAGAAGGGACAGAGAACGUUGGGGCGGGACUAGCGACCUGGCUGAGGUCUGCGACGGGGUACCACUUUGGGCCCACCAACGCCGGCUCCUCUUCCGGUCUGUCUCCGUAA